AUGGCAUUGGCAGCCCAGCCUAAGAACCUGCAGAUUGAGAAUGUUGUUUUGAACCUUCCUAGGAACAUUCGGUGCAACAAGUGUAGGAAUACCAUGGCCAAAGACACCAAGAUCAAUUCCCGCAAAGAAAAAUCCUCCGGCAACUUGGUACGUACUUGGGUUGUUAUAAUAAUCUCGUUUGGGAGUAUUUGGGGAUUAAAAACACCAGAUUUCACUUCAGUUGUACCCAGUGCUCGGCUGGGAUCGUCUUAA